UUAUCAUUCAGCCAGUAAUAUUUCACAAACAAUGAAGUACUCCGCUGUAAUUUUGCUAUGUUUGUCAACAGUUUCUUCGUUCCAUCAAAAUGACGAUCAUCCAACUGUUAGUACACCUAUGGGAAAAAUACGAGGUAGUGUAAAAACGACAAGACUGGGCAAAACCAUUUACUCAUUUAGAGGCAUUAGAUAUGCAGAAGCACCGAUCAACAAACUCAGAUUCCAGCCACCAAAGCCUGUAGAAAAAUACUAUGGUGUUUAUGACGCAACGGAAGACGGACCCAUGUGUCCUCAAGAUGGUUUUGGAGGGCCGUAUUCUGAAGAUUGUCUUUUGCUUAAUGUUUACACCACUAAGCUUCCUUCGAAUGAUUCAAUUGUUAAAAGGCCAGUAAUAAUUUUCUUCCACGCCGGAGGUUGGUACAGUGGUACAGGGCGCAGCAACUGGUACGGCCCCGACUAUUUUAUGGAUCAGAACAUUGUUCUGGUAACCCUCAAUUACAGAUUAUCAGCACUCGGUUUCCUCUCAACCGGAGAUAAACAUGCACCAGGCAACAACGGCCUCAAGGACCAAGUUGUAGCCAUGAAAUGGGUUCAAAAAAAUAUUGAAAGUUUUGGUGGUGAUAAAGAUGCAGUUACUAUUAUGGGUUAUAGUGCUGGUGGAUGGAGCGUUACUCUUCAUAUGGUAUCACCAAUGUCUAAGGGGUUGUUCCACAAAGCUGUCGCAUCUAGUGGAUCUUUUAUUGGUAACUGGCCGAUUCCUAAACAUCAGAUGGGUUUGGCUAAAAGGCAAGCAAAUGUAUUGGGCUGUCCCGAUAGUUCUUCGGAAAUUAUAAUGGAUUGUUUGAAGAAUAAAACUGGACAAGAAAUUGGAACGUCUUCAGAUCAGUUAUUUGACUUUUUGGGAAACCCAAUUUUACUUUGGUCUGCUGUCAUCGAAGAAGAUUUUGGCCAGGAAAGAUUUCUUCCAGACCACCCUGUCAAUUUAGUAAAAAGUGACCAAUUAAGUGACGUACCAUUCAUUACUGGUGUAACCAAAGAUGAAUUUGCUGGAAGUGCUUUAUAUAUUACAGAGAAAGACACUUUACUCGAAAUAUUAGACAAACAUUGGAAUGAAUAUGCACCAAUUUGUUUUAUUUACGAAGGUGAUACCAAAAAAGGGCAAAAAUUUACAAAAGCCGUCAGAGAGUUCUAUCUUCAAGACAAACCUUUAACGAAUGAUUCUCUUAUAGGACUUGCCCAACUUUUUGCAGAUGGUGUAAUUGGUUAUAGCGUUAAAAGGAUUGAAAAAUUUUACUCUACGUAUAAAACACAACCAACCUAUGCGUAUAAAUUCAGUUACCCUGGAAGAUUUAGCCAUGUAUAUCUGCCAGGAACUGAGAUUCCUUACGGAGUGGUCCAUCACGAUGACCUCAUUUACCUGUUCUACAUUUCUGAAUUGUUUCCCUACUUUAAUAGUUCUUAUCCUGAAUCUAAAAUGGUGGAAACUUUGACUGGCAUUUACGCAAGUUUUGCUUCUACUGGACAACCUAACUGUUCGUGGGACAAAUUCGAAGUAAGCUCACAAAAGUAUUUAGAUAUUGGGAAGACAUUGGAGGUCAAAGAAAAAUUGUACAUAGAUCGUUAUAACUUAUGGGAAAGGUAUUUCCCCACCAAUGAAAUAUGAACUUUAGAAUCAUAAUAAAACAAUAUCUUCAUUCAA